AUGUCUCUGCUCGCCAGUUACGAGGGGCUGCGUCAUCAGAUCGAGAGGCUAGUGCGGGAAAACGAGGAACUGAAGAAGCUGGUGAGGCUCAUUCGGGAGAACCACGAGCUCAGGUCGGCCAUCAAGACCCAGGCAGGCGGCCUGGGGGUCAGCGGGUUCAGCAGUGGGCUUGGAGAGGCAGCUGCCGGCCCAGCACCACACCAAGGUAACUGUGUCUUUCUGCCCCCAUCCCCCGCAGCAGCCAACCAGCCAGGCCUGGAAGAUGUGGGGAUGGUGGCUCUGGCACCCCUGGCUGACGUGCUGAGCAGCGCGCAGCCCAACCCCGCGACGGGUUCCAUCGUGAGCCCCCUGACAGGCCAGUUCAGCGCGCUCCUGUCUGGCUCCCUGCCUGUGUCGCAGAACAACCAGCUCAGCAGCCUCCUGGCUGGCCCCGUGGCCGUGCCCCCGGCUACCGGCACGCUGACCAGUUCCCUGGGUCUGACUUCCACCGGCCCCCUGACUCCGAGCAGCCCCAUGGCGGUGCCCCCAGCCGGCACGCUGACCAGUUCCCUGGGUCUGACUUCCACCGGCCCCCUGACUCCGAGCAGCCCCAUGGCGGUGCCCCCAGCCGGCACGCUGACUACCUCCUUUGGACUGACUUCGACCGGUCCCCUGACUCCAAGCAGCCCCCUGAUUGCCCCCACGAUGGCCCCUCUGGCUGUACCUCAGAACCUGCUGGCCAACCCCAUGGGCGACCUGGUGCUGUCAGAGGCCACGAGGGUGCGGCUGUCGGAGCCCAUGCGAAGGUGCUCCUCUGGGCCCCACCCCCCAGCUGGCUUGGGGCCCCCCGCCCCCUCCAAAGUCCUGAUGUCUGCUGAGCACCCCCGGCCGUCCCAAGACCUACAGGCCCACAGUGUGACAUUUGUGGGGGCACCCAUCCAGACAUCCACCCCCAUCAGCCCCACCACGGCCUUCUCCUAUGGCGUCUCGGACCCCCGGACCCAGCCCCGUGCCCCCCAGGGAGAGGUGGCCCCUGGCCCCAUCCUUGCCACCUCCAGUGCCUGCUCCUUCGCCCCCACUCCUGCCCCCCAAGCUGCCGCUGCCGACCGCGCUUCCUCCAGCGCCACCCACAUCGUCCAGGGCGCCACCCCCUCCGCCGGGCGGCCUUCACUCCCGGCCAACUCCCCGACUCGCACACCAUCCUCCCCAGCUUCAGUCAAUGAUACCCGGGGGUCUCAAGCCUCAGAAACGUCGCGGAAAAGCAUCUUGGAUCUGGAGCGGAAGCUGGCCCACCGCAAGGGCAGCAAGUUCCCCGACAGCCCCCGAGAGUCAAAGCAGCUGGCCUGGGAGCGGCUGGUGGGGGAGAUUGCCUUCCAGCUGGACCGCAGGAUCCUGUCCAGCAUCUUCCCCGAGCGCGUGCGCCUCUACGGCUUCACUGUCUCCAACAUUCCCGAGAAGAUCAUCCAGGCCUCCAUGAACCCCAACGACCACAAGCUGGACGAGGAGCUGUGCCAGACGCUCACACAGCGCUACGUGGGCAUCAUGAACCGGCUGCAGAGCCUGGGCUACAACGGGCGGGUGCACCCAGCGCUGACCGAGCAGCUGGUGAACACCUACGGCAUCCUGCGCGAGCGGCCAGAGCUGGCAGCCUCUGAGGGCAGCUCCUACACGGUGGACUUCCUGCAGCGCGUGCUGGCGGAGACCGUGCCCCCCAGCAUGCUCACCGACGCGCUGCUGCUGCUCUCCUGCCUCAGCCAGCUGUCGCACGAUGACGGCAAGCCCAUGUUCAUCUGGUGA